AUGACCCAACAGUUGUGGACGGAGUCAGACCCAAAAUCAACAGGAAUAUCGAUCGCUCUCAUUGUGCUCGAUUUGUUUGUCGUUGUGGGGUUUUUGGGCAGUUCUGCACUCUUGGUCGCCCGCCGACAGAAAGGGGUUGAUUGGGACAUACUUCCAAUAUGGGCUAUCAUGGCUGCCCUGUGGGCCUGGGCAUGGUCUUACAUUUGGUAUGUCGUAGAGGGCAUUCGCGACCGAUUGACUACGCCAUUUGAGCUAGUUGAGACAAACUCGAUAUAUCACCUUCUCUGUCUGCUGUUUGAGCAUGCUGCAAUCUGCUUUUUAUUCUGCGUCUUCUAUCGGCUCACUCAUAUACUUUUGAAACUUUUCAGAAAUGGGGCAAAGUUACCUGCGAAAAUCAACGUUAUCCACUGGGUGAUCUUUUCUUUCAUUGUCGCCAUCAGCAUUGCCAAUCUCGCGUUGUGGGUCAUCAUUUACUUUGCAUUCCUGGUGGUGGAGUGGAAUUACCAGCCAGUUGAAAUUACUCGCCUGGUGAUCCUUUGGCUGGCCUCGUGGGAAAUCACAGCCUGGGCGGCAUACCUUGCCAUCAAGGCAAAACGGGAAAAGUCAAAUCUCGCAUCACCCGCGGUGGCUUUACUCUGUGGCAGCACAGCAUAUGCUGCAAUGACCUUCAUGUGGCUAGUUGACUUUCUCCGUUGGUACCAACCCAUGUACUCGUACACAUUCAAGGAGGACACCAGCUCGCUAGCAGCCAGAUCUUUCCUGGAGAUCUUCUUCUGUGUCGGGACAUAUGGCGGGAUAAUCUCAUUUUGUGUUCUCUCACAUCGAUUACAAAAGAAAGGAGAUAGAGACACAGAGUUGCAACCCACGGGCGCUCAAUCUCGUGCAGUUGGAUAA